GGUAAUUACCGGUAGGGCAGAAUAUUAACGUACCUAGUACCUGGAGGUGUACUGUACUGAGACUUCUCGAGAGAAGACUAGACCACGGUGACUACAGGCUGUCAGGAUGGAUGAGAAACCUCCCUUUUCUGCUAUCUAUGAGCUGAAAGAAGAGCUGGGAAAAGGUGCCUUCAGUAUUGUGAAGAGAUGUGAGCACAAGGUCACGGGAAAGCAAUAUGCAGCCAAGAUCAUCAAUAAGCGCAGGCUGACAGCAAGAGAUAUGCGUAAGCUGGAGAAAGAGGAGAGAAUUUGUCGUCAUCUCAAACAUGCAAAUAUUGUCCAGCUCCACGACAGCUUAAAUGAUGACAACCAUCAUUACCUCGUGUUUGAUAUGGUGACCGGGGGAGAGUUGUUUGAUGAGAUAGUAGCCAGAGAGUUUUACAGUGAGAGGGACGCCAGCUCGUGUAUGCAACAAGUGCUGGAGAGUGUCGAGUAUUGCCACCAGAAGAACAUCAUCCACAGAGAUCUGAAGCCUGAGAAUCUUCUGCUAUCUAGUAAGACCAAGGAUGCCAUAGUCAAGCUGGCUGACUUUGGCCUAGCUGUAGAGCUGGAUGGAUCAAACCAAUCAACAUGGCAUGGUUUUGCCGGUACCCCUGGUUACCUGUCACCUGAGGUGCUUAAGAGAGCUCCCUACCACACCCCUGUGGAUGUGUGGGCGUGUGGUGUCAUCCUGUACAUCCUAUUGGUCGGUUACCCGCCAUUCUGGGAUGAAUCACAAGAGAAGCUGUACGCUCAGAUCAAGUCAGCAAGAUUCGAUUUUCCAUCACCUGAAUGGGACACGGUGUCGAAUGAAGUGAAACAACUCAUCCGCGACAUGUUGAACCCUGAUCCCAGCAAGCGUAUCACUGCCAGUCAGGCUCUCCUGAACCCCUGGAUCAGCCAAAGGCAAAAGGUUGCCAAGACGAUUCAUCGCCAGGCAACGUUAGCUGGUCUCAAGAAGUUCAACGCUCGGCGCAAGUUGAAGGGAGCUAUUCUCACGACAAUGAUGGCUACGUCAGCUCUAAAUCUGCUCAAGUCUCGUAAUUCUGAUACUGAACUCAAGACACCCCCGGCCGAGGCCAGUACGCCCACGGGAAACAGCCGGGAAUGUGAGGAGGCGGCGAUAGAAACUAUUUAUGAGGACACGCAAGAGAAGGAGUUGCUGGGCCGAACUAAAGCUCUCAUGGAGGCAGUCACUGCACGAGACUACCAGGCAUUCAGGAAGCUGUGUUCCUCAGAGCUGCUCACCUUCUGUAAGGAAGGAGGCACACAACUAUUGCAAGGGUUGGAGUUCUCUAAGUGGACUCUCGCUAACACGCCGGAAUAUGAGGCUGAGAGCACAAUGAUGAUGAGCCCUAAAGUCCAGAUAUUAGGUGAUGACUCAGCAGUUGUGGCGUACGUCAGCUUCUCACGAGCUUUGGACAAGAGUGGUGUCAUGACAACAGUAGAGUCCAAGGAGACAAGGGUGUGGUCUAGACGGAAGGGGGCGUGGCUAUGUGUACACGCCCACACAUCCUAAGAACAGCACUAGAAUGUAUCGCACAUCAACUCAAAAAUUCCCCAAUAUAGAGAGUUUUUAAUUUCUGAUUAGAAGAUGUAUUUCUGUGCCCCUCAAAAAAAUCAAUUGCGCGUGAAUAUUCCAAUUGUACAAAUUAAUUAUAAUGAAAGUUAAAAGGUCA